AUGGACAGCGACAGUGGCGAUGAACUGGCGGACGUGCCCGAGGAGCUCCCAAAUCCAUCCGAUCUGAUCCAUGAUUAUCCGACACAGAUUGCGAUCGCAGACUUGCUCAAUCCCACCAUGAUCAGAGUCAGCGUUUGGGAUGAGGCAGAAGAUCCAGCGGGAACCAAGCGAGAGACAUUCAAGAUCAUGCGCGGCAUCAUAUGCUCGAAGUCAGCCUACUUCGAGAAGACGUUUAACGGCAGUUUCAAGGAAGCACUGGAGGGCAAGGUGACUCUGACCGACGUCUCGCCAUGGAUCUUCAAGGUCUUUCUGACUUGGCUGUACACCGGGUUAGUGUACAUUGACCCAGAGAAUCACCGCGCGCCUGAAACCAGCAGAAAGCGCAAGUUGGACGAUCACACGACAGCAGAUGAUAGCCGGUCUCGCAAGACGCCAAGAACACUUGAUGAAACUGAUCUCCAGGACGCCGAUGCUCAUGUUGAGGCGCCAGCGGAUGCUUCUCUUGAAAACCACUAUCCCACAGGGUAUAUUUAUGACCUCCACACCUACGACCAAGAGAUUUGCGACAAAAGCAAAUCCAUUCAGGAUCCAACGACAGACGCUCUUGACGAGAAAGAUCCCUCCAACCCAGUAACAUGGCCGUGGCAAUGGUUGUUCGACAUCUAUGUUUUCGCCGACCAGUAUGACACCAUACGUCUCCGUGAGCAGAUCAUGAACUUCAUAMAGCUCCGCCUCGAUCAGCGACGACCUCGGAUGUACACCUACCCCAAUCAAGUCGACACAGCGCGAUGCGUUGAUCGCCUUCCUACAACCUCCCCUCUACGCCGGCUACUUGUCGAUCUCUGGGCCAAGAACAUGCAGGUGCAUCCCGACCGAAACCCAGGUAUCAUAUCAAAGCCCAUCGAAAUGGACCAACUCCCUCAAAGCUUCCUUGUGGAGUGUUUCAUGGGUGUGAAGCAGGAACUCGAGACUGCACGGUGUGACGCUGAAGUCUGCACCCAUCCCGCUCACAAUCAUAGCGAUGGUCGAGUCGUGCAAAUCAUGCGUCGUUGCAGAUACCACGAGCAUGAACGCACAGUCCAAGAAAUGGAGCGGUGUAGUGAGCUUUGGUGGAUUUUGCAGGGUAACUACUGGGCUACAUCGAUUGACGCAGGAGUAGUCGCGGAUGAAGAGACUGCCACAGAAGUAGCCGAGGAUGAAGAGACUGCCACUUGA